AUGAUCAUGAUCAAAGGCCAUUGGAAGCCAUCAGAGGAUGUUAAGCUAAGAGAUCUUGUAGCUCUUCAUGGGCCAAGAAAUUGGAAUAUUAUUUCAGACCAACUUCCAGGAAGAUCCGGUAAGAGUUGUAGACUGCGAUGGGUUAAUCAGUUGGAUCCAAGGAUCAAAAAGACAGCGUUCAGUAAAGAAGAAGAUGGCAUUCUAAUAGCAGCACAUGCAGUGUUCGGCAACCAGUGGUCUCAGAUCGCUAAGUUUAUUCCGGGGAGAACUGACAACGCAAUCAAGAAUCACUGGCACGUUUUGAACGCCCGGAGACACAGAAAUGUAGGAGUUGUUUCUUCUUCUGGUUAUGUUCAUCCUCGUGUUUCAGGUUAUAGUAGUAAUGGUAGUACCAUUACUAACUUUGGGAAAUCAUCUUUGAUAAGUGAGGGUACGAGUUUCUCAUGCGCAAACACGCCCGCUUCAGAACUAGCCAGUUGUGGUGGUGUCGAUUACAACAAGGCUAUGGAGGUGAGUUGUAUGGUGGAAUCAAAAGCAUUCAUGUCUUCACCAUUCGGUGUCACCACAAUUAGUCCUUUUGUGAAUUUGCAGUUGAACAACGCAAGCCAUGUCACUGGUGGCGUUGCCAUUGUCACUCCACAACCACCAAUGCCGUUUAUCGACUUCCUUGGGGUGGGGGAUUGA